UUGAAAUCUCCAAAGCUUGACCUGGACUUGGAUUUGAUUUGAUUUGAUUGGGCUGGACUAGACAGUAGCCAUGGAGUUCUCAAAAGAGCAGAGGCAGACGAGAUUCCUAGCCGUCCUCCUCCCCGUACUCACGCUCUCGACGCAUCUUCUACUUUGCACAUCCUUCGCGCUGCCUGACAACGACCCAACUCGUGCAUUCUGGUCGUUCGUAUAUAAUGUGCUCGCAGCGAGCGCAAGCAUAUUGGGGUUGAUAGGCGCGGUUCGGUUCAUACCCAGACUCGUGUCCGCAUAUAUCUUUUUUCACACGACCACGCUGUCUUUCGUGACACUCGCGCUCGUCAAUAUCAUCAUACCUUUCGAUUUUCAACUUCUGAACCCGAUGCUUCCAAGGCAACAAGUGGACGCGGUUUCGUUGUGUCGUGACCUCGAUGCCGGUCUUGGAUGGGAUGACGAGUGGUUAACGAAAUGCUCGACCACCUUCCAUCUUGUGAAGUUAUGUGUCGCCUGGGGCGGCUUAUUUUUGAUGACAGCGCAGUUCUGGGCGUUGAUCACUGUUCGGAAUUGGGGACAAGAAGUACGGCGUCAGCAGAUGAGUGGAAAUACGGAUGUUGAGAAAGCUGGCUUGAUGGACGAACGAUGCGAGUCUAUGAACGACGAAAAGAUAUGGUCCUGAAAUAGAGAUCAAAUGAAAUGAACGCCAUGCAUCAAUAUCAUGUGCCACGCUUGUAACUGAAGAAGCUUUGAAACAACAGAGUUCAGACUAAGUCUUGCGUUGAAGCUGGACAGUAUCACCCGCGAGUUGCUGCGGACGGCUGGUCACCGAACAACUUUUGGUUUCGGCUUCAUCAUUUGAUU